AUGUCCGAUGAAACAGGCACAUCGCGCUCGCCCCCACAGGGACAAUUUGAGGAGCUGACGGCUUCGAAGCACGUGUCGUUCCUGCUGCGAUGCCUACGCAUGCUUCCUGCGCCGUACACUUCGGCCGACGACCAGCGCAUGACGCUCGGCUACUUUGCACUCGCCGGCCUCGACCUACUACAUGCCACGCACAAGGUUCCGCUCGACGAGGCACGCGAGCUCAUCGACUGGGUGUACGACCAACAGGCGCCCGAGGGCGGAUUCCGCGGCUCACCAAGCACCCCCUUCACCACGCCCGCCGCCGGACGAGUGGGCACCGCGAAUGUCGCUAUGACCUACUCGGCACUGCUGGUCCUCGCCAUCCUGCGCGACGACUAUGCGCGCCUCGAUCGCACCGCGCUGCUCAGCUAUAUUGCGGCGCUCCAGAGCGAGGGAGGCGGAUUCGCAGCCGAACUACCACCGAGUGGUAGAGAGGCUAGGGAGGUGGAUACGGAUCCGAGGUUCGCCUACUGCGCAGUGGCGGUGUGCGCGAUGCUGGGCGACUUUUCGCGCAUCAACAUCCCGACCGCGACGGCGUUUUUGAGGCGCUGUCAGAGGUACGAUGGCGGAUUCGGCGCCAGUGCGACGCAGGAAGCACACGCGGGCAUGACGUACUGCUGCGUCGCUGCGCUCCACCUCCUAUCGCGCGUCGAGCGAGGUGCCGCGUGGCCAAGCGACCAAGCAAUCGCAUGGUUGACGCAUCGUCAAGUCAAUCCGCCGCCGACCGCAUCCUCAAAGCAGGACACCCAAGCCGAGAGCGAUGACGACGACGAGGCGAAUCUGGUGGGCGGCUUCCAGGGCCGGCCGAGCAAGCUUCCACCAGAUGUCUGCUACUCGUUCUGGAACGGCGCUGCGCUGUCGUUGCUUUCGGCACACGAGCUUGUCGACGCCCCCGCCGACGCUGGAUACGUGCUGUCAGCUCAGAGCCGUGUAGGUGGCGUGAGCAAGAUCCCAGGCGACCACCCGGACCUGCUGCACACCUACCUCGGCCUCGCCUCGCUCUCGCUGCACCAGCACGGCCAAGGCGACCACGCGGAAGAGAAUCGGCUCGACUUUGGACUCGCGCCGCUCGAUGCCGCGCUCAACUGCACACUCACGGCCAAGCAGUGGAUCGAUACGCAUCUGAAGAGGAACAAGGCGUAA